AUGGAGUCGACAAUCGCACAACCACUGAAGCUAAAAUGUGGCCUCGAGUUGAAAAACCGCUUGGUAAAGGCUUCAAUGGCAGAGAACAUGUCUGAUCCAAACGGCAUGCCUACUGAGCUGCACAACAAAGUUUACACGGAAUGGGGUGAGGGCGGAUGGGGCAUGGUUCUUACCGGCAAUGUUCAAGUAGAUCGAAACUACUUGGGAGACCCCCGCGAUGUCACACUCGAUUUAUCCCGGAAGCCAGAACUGCUUUCAAAAUGGAAGACCUGGGCAUCGACUUGCAGGAGCAACGAUACACCAAUAAUCAUGCAGAUCAACCACCCCGGACGACAAUCGCCAGCAGGAGCAGGCGCUCGCCCUUUCCUUGCCAAAAAUCUAGCGCCCAGCGCUCUCCCAUUGAACAUGGGACCGGGCUUGCUUGCCAAAUUUGCGUCUGCUUUCGUCUUUGGAACUCCUCGUGAAAUGAAUCAGACGGAUAUCGACCUGGUAAUUCACCAAUUUGUGGAGUGCAGUCAACUCGCCGCAGAGGCAGGAUUCCACGGCGUGCAGGUUCAUGCUGCUCACGGUUACCUUCUUACCCAAUUCUUGUCUGCAGAGACAAACCAUCGUACCGACGAAUACGGAUGUUCUCCCGAAAAACGUGCAAAGGUUGUGAUUGAUAUCAUUCAUGCCGUCCGUGCUGCUACCCCUGAGGGUUUCUGCGUUGGUGUCAAGUUGAAUUCCGUUGAUCACCAAUCACCCGAGGCCCUAGAGGGAUGCAUAUCGCAGCUCAAAAUGAUACAUGAAGCUGGAGUCGAUUUUGUCGAGAUCAGUGGUGGAUCUUAUGAGGAUGUUACGUUCAUAACAGGAGGUACCAGUCAAUCUCAACAAGAGAAGUCAGCACAUACAGUCGCUCGCGAAGCUUUCUUCCUCGAGUUCGCAGACGCUAUUCGCAGCCAAGUUCCAGAAAUCCCUCUUCUACUGACUGGAGGCUUCCGUACUAGACGGGGAAUGGUAGCAGCAAUGCAGAACAGUUCAUGCGACAUGAUUGGGCUUGCGCGGCCUGCAGUCUUGACGCCCUCACUGCCUAAAAGUAUUGUCCUGGACACCAAAGUUCCUGAUGAAGAAGCGCAGCUUCCUUGCAAAUCGAUUACGGCUCCUUGGCUCAUCAGGUGGACUGGAAUAAAGGCUCUCAGCUCAGGCGCUGAACCUCAUUGGUAUAGUAAACAGAUCCAGGAAAGAGGCCGUCGGAAAAUAGCCGCUUCCAGCUGA